AAGUGAGUGGCCACAACGACACAGAACAGCGAGGGACCCGCGCAGUCGUCUCCACUAACAAUGGCGAACAAUGACCAAACCCGCUACUGUCACAGAUUCUCCUACGUUGUUCUCAAAUUCAUCCUCUUCUCCUACGCCAUCCUUUGGUGGCUGAUAGGUGCCUUCAUCCUGGCAAUUGGUAUAUAUGCUGAGGUGGAAAGGCAGCGCUUCAAGACUCUAGAGGGGGUGUUUCUGGCCCCUGCUCUGAUUCUCAUCCUCCUGGGAAUUGUGAUGUUUAUUGUUUCCUUCAUUGGCGUUUUGGCAUCACUCAGGGAUAAUCUAAUUCUGCUGAAGGUGUUUAUGUACACACUGACGGUGUGCCUCAUUCUGGAGCUGCUGGGAGGAAUUCUGGCACUGGUGUUCCGCAACCAGACUGUGGAUUUGCUGAACAAGAACAUACGAAGAGGCAUAGUUAACUACUAUGAUGACUUGGACUUCAAAAACAUCAUGGACUACGUUCAGAUAAAGUUUAAGUGUUGUGGCGGCCAAGAGUAUAAAGACUGGUCAGUCAACAUGUACCAUAACUGUUCUGCACGGGGUCCACUGGCCUGUGGGGUGCCUUAUACCUGCUGCAAUACCAAGCCAAAUGAAGUAGCAAACACACUGUGCGGCCACAAGGUGUUGGGACAAGAGCGCUUGGACCUGGUCGACAUGAUACACAUCAGAGGCUGCACCGACGCCUUCUUCAUUUGGCUGACAGACAACUACAAGAUUAUGGCGGUGCUGCUGCUAGGGAUCUUGCUGCCUCAGUUCUUUGGGGUAGCCAUAAGCUGGUUGUACAUCACUCGAGUGGAAGACGCCAUCAGCGAGUACAGUCACUACACGGACGGCCUUCUGGACUCAAACAUGCAGGACAGACACCUCAGGAGGCAGGGCCACAUGGCCAAGUGGUUUAAGUGUAUGCCUGAGUUCGACUGAAGAUCAACAAGCUGACAGCUAAUGCUUACUUGAAUCCCCUCAAUCAGACAAAAAAUUUCAACUUGGACUCAAAUGUCUACAGAACUUAUUUCUUUUCGCCACUCGGGGACAAACACCAUGAAGUGAUACACUGAACAAAUCAAGAUUCCCCCCCCCCCCUUCAAGUGUUCACUUCUCAUGGCAACACCGAGCGGGACAUGAAUGCAAAUGUCAUACUACUUCAACAAAUAUGCAGCCCCGCACUCCACAAGCUGCUCAUGUCAUGAGUUGAGCCUAGAGCUGAAAACACACUGGGGAUUUCAGGAUCCAAAUGAAACCUUUUUUUUUCUUUUUUCUUUUUGUUUUUCUUCUUCUUUACUACGUGAACCUGUAGGAAUGCUAAAUCAUUUUCUUUUGCCAAUUUUAUUUUCAUUGCCCAGCCACAGUUUUGUGUGUCCAUGUUAUGUGAUACUCAAUGCUCUGAUUAUCAUUAAGUGACCAAGAUAAAGUAUCUGAGGGCCUCUGCUUUAUAAAUAUUCAAUAGUGUUUUAAGAUUGUGCUCUUCUGCCGUUGAACCUGUGUGAUAAGUGAAAACCAAGCAGUGUGAAGUUUCAAUGUGUUGGUCUUUUAAAUCGUGAAUAUAAUUUGAUUAAAUUGCAGGGUAAUAAAGGUAUUAACUGAAAGUGGUUCUGUACAUUUUUACACCAAGUACCACCUAAAAUAAAUACAGUACUUUGCUCUCGAAGUACAAUUCAUGAUGAACAGCAGUGUAGUAGCCUGUGUUCAUCAAAAACAAGACAAAGGUUUUAUUGCUAAAAUAUGUUUAAUAUUAUUCGAAACCACUAUAAAAUUAUGCAUAAUUUAAACAAUGGUCCCACGCCAUCAAAAUCCAAUUUUUUCCCUACUGUUCUAUGCACAGCAUAGGUCAAAAUGAGUCUGUGACAUGGUUUUAAGUGACAUCUAUGUGGUUUGUUGAUGGAAAUCUGAUCUGGUCUCUUUGCAAGACUUAUGUCAUUUUUUGCCUUUUGCAUUCAGUGUGUUUGUGAUGUAGAUAGUUACUAAUUAUUCAGAUACCUGCCCACUUCGUGGUCAGUACCCACGCACUCAACUGAACUGAACAGCAACAUGGCGUUUCUGGGUUAUAAGCAAGUGAGUCUCAGCUGCUACCAAGCCAGACAAAUGCAGUCUAUAAAGUAUACAUAUUUUGGGUUUUACAACAAUACUUAACUAUAUUUAUAAUUUCUAAUGUAACUGUGGAUGAAAUAUCAAAGCUUGCGGUCAUUGUCGUCAAAAUGUGCAUGAGUGAUGAACGUCGAUAUUCAAAUGAAUAGGAGUGUAGGACCAGCCUCUCAAAUUGUAUUUGUUUUUUCACCCACUUCCGCCGUUAGCUCGUCUUCACUAUUAGUGAUUAUUAGUCACUAUUAGUCACUAUUAGUGAAGACGAGCUAACUUCACUAUUACAAUAAUCCAACGCUUGGCGAAUUCUGCUUCACAAUGAUAGUAAGACCCCACAUAGAAGGAUCCAAAGGUGACUUCGCUCUGAUGGCUUGGCUGACACAAGACACCAUAUCACUAGGGCCAAUCACAGCAGAGCUGUUUUCCAUAUUUAAAUUAUUAAUAAAGAUCCAAUCAGGACAAAGCUUAUUUACAUAUCAAAUAAAAAGAAAUCUGGCCGUCUCAAUUGCUAGGUGUAAAAGACCAACUAGAAUAGCUUCAUAAAGGGUAUCCUGGGCAUUUUCAACCCAAAUGAUCUUGCAUACUCUAUCAAAGGAUAUCGAAGAUUAUGAAAAGAAAUAUGGCAUGGGAUCUCUAACAAUGUGCUGAAAUAAAAAAAAUAAUAAUAAUUUAAUGAUUCAAUUAAAAUGUACUGCACAAAAGUAAAAAAAAAAUCUAAAUGUUUAAAAACAAAUGGCUAAAGAGGAAAUGCAAAUGUAUUUAACUUCCAUGUUAACUGCAACUGAACUGUACUUGGGCAGUGAAUCUUUUGCAUACCACUAGUGGUACCCGUACCACACACUGAGAAUCUCCAUACUAGAACAAAGUGUAGUUACGAGACGGGGUCAUCUGAAUCUGUGCACACAAUAAUAUGUUGUGUGGACAAAACAUGCACAAAGUCUAGCUGGGAUUGGCUGAUUGUGCAACUCACUACUGAAUAAUAUGCCUUUGACAUACUGCUGAAAUUCAUGUGAACUCGACUGUUUCCUCAACUGUAUUUUUUUUCUAUUUUUUACCACAUUUCCAUCUUAAAUCAUCCCUUUAUAGCAUGACAGCACUAUAUCAAUACCCUCCCAGAAUGUAAUACUCUACUUGAAAUUGAUUCAUCUUGCAUUCAUUUAAUUUAUAUACCUCCCAAUUGUUAUUCCCAUUUUGUUCAUACAUUUUCUAAAGAGUUUUAAUCAUGUAGGCAUAGUAUGUAAUUGUAUAAUAAUAGUAAUGAUGUGUGCAAGUUGCUAAUUGUUUUUUU